AAUAAUCUGAAGCAAGAUGAUUCGCAUUCUUUGUUUUUUGACUCUAGAUCCAAACACUAAAGAAGCAUAAAAGCAGACUAAAAUGACUGUUUGGAUUCAAAUAACUGUUCUUUUCACUCUUUCAUCUCAGCUUUAUUUCGUGAGGUCAGAAACUCGUCAAGAAACAGAGAAAAGGAUUUUGCAUCAAAUAUUUCAAAAAUAUGAUCCUAGCAUUCGCCCAUCUGGCAAGAACGGGAGUGGGCCUGUGAUAGUAAAGGUGAAUACUUUUGUGAGAAGUAUAAAUAACAUCGAUGAUGUGAAAAUGGAAUACGAGACGCAGUUAACAUUUCGACAAGCAUGGAUGGAUGAGAGACUGAAAUAUAACGACAGAGGUUUAAAUUAUGUAACAGUGACCAGACCUGAGAAGCUAUGGAUACCUGAUUUGUUUUUCCGUAAUGAAAAGUCUGGCCAUUUUCAUAAUAUUAUUACUCCUAAUAAUCUCCUAAGAAUUUUUCCUAAUGGAGAAGUUCUUUACAGUACAAGGAUAUCACUGAAGCUGUUCUGCCCAAUGGAUUUACAAAACUACCCUCUUGACCAACAGAUAUGUUCCAUAUCAUGUGCUAGCUAUGGAUACACAACUGAAGACCUAAUUUUCUUAUGGAAAGAAGAUAAUCCUAUCCAGAUGGCACAAAAUGUAUAUUUAGCAAAGUUUAACUUAUACAAAUAUGAAACUGAUAAUUGCACAAGUCGAACUGCAACAGGAGAAUAUAGUUGCCUCAAACUGGAUUUCUUUUUCUCCCGACAUUUCAUUUAUUUUCUUGAGAGAGCCUACUUACCAACAGCUGCCCUGGUUUUCCUUUCUUGGAUAACAUUCUGGUUAAAUCCACGAUCGACAGCCAUUCGCUUAGGCAUUUGGGUUGGUAUUCUUGUAUCCAUCAUCAUUGUCAACACAUCCAUUAUUGCCAGUAUGCCACAAGUGUCUUUUACAAAAGCCAUAGAUGUCUGGAUGGGAAUGUGCGUUUGCUUCGUUUUCUGCGUUUUAAUUGAACUUUGCCUGGUCAACAAUGCAAAUGCAAGUGACGAAAGACUGGAGUUACCAAAUCUUUCUGCUGAUGAGAGGAAAGAUGCUAUGCUUCAUAAUUUUACUACAGUACCCCUGCGCUGGCUGAAUAAAUAUUCGACUAAAGGUCAACGAAUUGAUGCUAUUUCUCGUUUCUUAUUUCCCGCUGCUUUUGCAUUCUUCAAUUUUGUCUACUGGCUUAAGUAUACUUCAAUCCUAAGAAAACAUGAGCAAACGACAGAACAGAGACAGCAUCAUUAAAGUCAAAUAAACUUCAUUGAUGAAUCAAGUAUGAUUAUUAUACUAUAUUUUUAUUCCCAAUAUUGGACAAGCAGUAAAAGGUUUUCGCUCUUCACAGGACUAAAAUAUUCGUAGAAGUACUCUCAUCUUGUAUGACGUAUUAUAAAAAAGUUAUUUCUUGACUUACUUUGUAUUUUAUAUGUAUAAAUAAGUAAAAUUGAAAUGCAUAAAAGAAAAUUGUAAAAUAUAAA